UUUUUUUCUCUUUCCUUCUUUGGUCAGGUGUCUGAAGAGUCCUUUACAAGAAAGACGACCUCAUAAUUACGUGUUCAUAUAACUCCGCGCGCACAACACUUGACAGAUUUUUUGACAGAAGGCCACUGUAAAAUGUUAUGCACGUUGUGUAAAUGUGCAGCACGGGCUUCAAAGGGGCUGCGGCCUUUGCAUCCUCGGUGUAAAGUACUGGAGCGGCUCACACUAGGCGCGCACAGACCGGCCAGCAGAACAUCCUGGUACCUCUGGACUUAUACACGGGAAUCAAGUAACUCUGUUUGGGAUUCCAAGGUUCCUCAGGCGCCUGCAUGGAGGCCCAUAGUUGAAAGCCAACUUCCAUCGCCAACAAAAAUCUCACCAGACUUGUUGGACAAGUUGGAAAGAUUAGCCCUUGUUGACUUUGGCAGUAAAGAAGGGGUGGACUGUCUGGAGAAAGCCAUUAGAUUUGCUGAUCAACUUCAUGUAGUUAAUACAAAUGGGGUAGAACCAAUGGACUCUGUUCUAGAGGACAGAGCCCUGUACUUGAGAGAUGAUUCUGUAACUGAGGGUAAAUGUGCAGAGGAACUGCUCCAGCUGGCCAAAAGUUCAGUAGAGGAGUACUUUGUUGCACCUCCAGGAAACAUCCCACUGCCAAAGAGAGAAGAGAUAUCUGCUAUGCUUGAGCAAUCUGAAUUUUGACUGAUACAUCUUUCUGACUGACUUUAGUUUCAAUAAAUAUUUAUUUCACCUUUUCAG